AGUGUAUCACAGAAGUGCAGAAGUACAAAACGAUAUUUCAUUUACUCAUUAUUUUGAUUUUUGAAUUUCGAAAUCUAGGUAGUACGAAAUUACUACAUCAGUCGUUAAGUGAUUAGUCGCCUAAUCUCAACUCGCCUCUGUAGCGAUAAUAUCAAUAUUCUGAUCUGUGUGGUCGACUGUCCAGCUACGAGACUCUUGGCCAUUGCAGCUGCUGUUAUUAGUCCGUUCGUUGAGAACGUUUUAAUGUGGCAAUAACUUUACAUUUCCAGUUAUUAGCUGUAGUUGUUGUCAAUGGUUUUGCGGAUUUUGUUGUCUUGACAUCGGUGCACUGGUACCUAUAUCAUCAUUCAUCACGAGGACUCAUCAUGGCCGAGCGUUGGAACGAAACCAGUUGCAAUGCACCAGCUGCCGAUGUUGCCAAUUUCAGAGCCGCUGGGCCGUCUUCAAACCAAUCCCCAAGGAAGAUAACCAGUAUCGCGCAGAUAGGUUUCUCCAGUUAUGGUGUCAGUGGCACAUCGGCAACAUCAAAUACUUACGUUUCUCCAGUCACACAUUUUGAACCAGUGCAAAGAUUUGAGCCGGAGGUUGAACGUAUUGCCAAGCAUAUUCAGAGUAUUUGGGCAACUUGGAAACAAAGUAAAGUCUUAACUGAUACACUGAGUAGUUUUUUUAAAUCCAGUCCCGAUCCGUACACUUCCUUAUUACAAUUGAUAAAUAUCAUAUCAGAAGACAGACUCAAGGGUAAAGCUAGUUCAAUGGCUCAUACAAUAACGGAAGAAUUUUACAAAUGGAUAAAAUAUAAUGAAAGUGAAUAUGAACAUGUUUUAACUGAGGAAUUAAAAAUUCAAGCAUUUAAAAUGGUACUUGAAAAGAAAAUAAGCCCGAACACAAUAAACACCAUUGUUAAAAUUUUCAAGUGUAAUACACGUUUAGAUUGUAUGGAAGAAUUAAUCAGAGAAUCGAUUAAACAAAAAAGAUUUAAAGAGGCAUGUUAUGCUAGUAUGAGUUUGAAUAUCCAAGAUAGAUUUACUGUUGAAGAUUUUUUACUUCCAUUGUUUUUCAUGAAUUUGGUAUGUGUAACUGAAGAAUUUUUAGUGACCACUAAAUUUCAACAAACAGCUUUGGUAAAAUAUCUUGAUGAUUUAUUAGUAGAAAAUGACGAUUGCUUAUACUUCUUAGCCAAUCGCCUAAAUGUUACACAAUCAAAUAAUAAUUUUUCUAAUAAAAGUCAAAUCAAGACAAAUCUAACAAGGAUAAUGAAAAAAUAUAACAUUCCAAAUGAUUUGGCUCCUAAUGUUACUAGACAAAAGAAGAAGGGAGCUUUAGUAUACUUGUUUCGUCGUUAUCAAUCUGGUGCUACUGGUAUUCAUGCAUGGAGAGAAAUGGCAUUAGAAUCAAUUGGCAAUGAUGAAACAAUGAUGUUGGAAGUGGUUAAGAUGUUAGAACAUUUUGGAGACAUUCAGGAGUGUAUUUAUUUUGCCCAGUUAUUUGCUAUUGACCCUUUGUUAUUGCCACCAACCAUACAACAGGAGUUACUUUUCUGUGAAAACGCGAGUGCUGGUAUUGAUCUAUCAAUACCAACUGAAGAAUACAAUACUACAGAAUAUCAUGACUUAUCGUUGCCUGAUAAACAAAUACAUAUAAUUGAUUGUGCAUCAAAGUUUAAUGAAUUUUUAGAUAAAAUUAACAUUGAGUUAUUUGAUGCACAUUUGGAUGUUUUUGGUUUGGACUGUGAAUGGAAACCAGAACUGACAAGUGAUAAAAGUGAUUUAGCAUCCAUUCAGCUAGCUACUAUUGAUUCAAUUUACAUUUUUCAUUUACCACAACUGCAGCCAGCUGAAAGUUUUAAGCUCCAUUGGCAAGAAUUUUCUAUGAACAUAUUCAGUAAUAUAAAUAUAUUAAAAUUAGGUUUUGAAUGGAAAGGAGAUGCGUCAAUGAUUAGAUCUUCAUUACCAAUUGAUAACAUACAGCUCCACGGACCUGGAUUUAUUGAUAUUAAGUUGUUAUGGAAAGAACUAGAGACUAAAUGGAAUUUUCAGCUUCCAUUUCAAAGUCCAAAUGAAGACAUAACCUAUAAUAGUCUUUCGGAUUUAGUGAAAUUAUGUUUUGGAAGGCCAUUAAAUAAGACUGAACAAUUUUCAAAUUGGGAAAAAAUACCAUUACGGUCAAAUCAAAUUAAAUAUGCCGCUCUAGAUGCUUAUUGUUUAUUAGAAGUUUACAAUUUAUUCAAAACAAAAUGUGAAACCAGUAAUAUUCCAUUUGACGAAGUGUGUCAAAAAAUAUCAAAUAAUGACCAUCCGGAUAUGAUGAAACCUAAGCCAAAACAUAAAAAACAUAAAUAUAAAGUGCCAAAAACUAAUAUAAAAUCCAAGUCACCUCAUACUCAUGUUUCUUGUGUAAAGCAUUUCAAAUUGCUGGUACCAUACACAUUAGAGAAGUUAGCUGAACGUUUACGUAAAUGUGGUAUUGAUACUUCCAUUGUUGAAAGAUCAAGAAUAAACGAUUCCCAUUACAUAGUUAACUCAAUCAAAACUAACAAUUUACAUUUUAUUGCUUUUGGACAUGCAUUUUCAAAGGUAGCAGAACAAUUACAUGCUGGCCAAUGUUAUUGUGUUCAAAAUCAUAACUUGGAUGACCAAGUACAAGAAGUGUUGAAUUUUUUCAAAAUUGUUGUUAAAAAAGAAGAUUUGAAUAGCCGUUGUCAGAUUUGUAACAGUGACAGUUAUGAGAUAGUUAGCAGCUUGGUUAUGAAACAAAUUUAUGAUUCAGUUAAAAUAAUACAAAAUCAAAGAGCUGUUAGAUAUAGACCACCUUCUAUUGAUGAAAAUUAUGAAGAUGAUAACUUUUAUGGGGAUGAAGAUGACUCAGAUGAAGGAACAAGUGCUCCAAUAAAUGCAAAAUGUUUGACCAAUAAUUCAUCAAUUCCAGAAGAGCCUCAUAGUAAACUUAUAAGUGGUUAUACUAAUGGAAAUUCAAUGAUUGAUGUGAAACCACUAUCGGCCGAUAUGUUUAAUGACCAAAAUCGUAUAUUUUACAUUUGUAACAGUUGUGGUUCAGUUAGGUGGGAUAACUUACAAUGGGAGAGUGCACUUGGUAGUAGCUUAGGAAUGAAGUUUAAAUGAAUUAUAACAUUAUUAGUUAUUGAUAAUAUGUAAAAAAUAAACAUUUUCAGUAUAAAUUUGGUAUUUUAAAAUAAUAAACAAACUCAACUUAGUUAUGACUAGCCUUUUAAUUUUUAUAGUUCCAUAUAAUACAUUUUUUCCUGUAUAAGAAUUUAGUUUUACCUAUAAUUUAUUCAAAAUAAAAAUUUAUUUGCCCAGAGACCAGUUUUUGUUAGGCAAUAUAUGCCUGUUACCCCCACUGAGUAUGCCCGCUGUGUAGUGAAGCUACGUCCCUACACUGAAGUCAGCUGCCAAGGCCCAAGUACGAUAUUAUUUCAAUCAGAGUAGUUUUCUUAAUUUCUUCUUAUAUAAUCAAAUUUUAAAAUUAACUGUGAUCGUUUUAUAUAAUUUAUUACUUUUUUUAUAAAUAUAUAAAUUUAUGUUGAGCCUUUUUAUGUGAUUUUAGUAGUUUUAAAAUGUGUCAACUUAUAUAAUAUCAUGUAACAUAAUUAAUAAAUUAUAGUACUUUGUCAGUGUUUACA